AUGGAGGGAAGCAUCUCGCCGCUUUGCCUACGUUCUUCCUCGAGUCUCUGUUACUUCCCCAGUUACGUUUCAUCAGAUUCUCACCGUUCUCUGGGAUUUACAUUGGUUGAUUCGCUCCGGCCGACGAACUUGGUAUCCCUGCGAACGGGAAACGGACGGUCAUCGUCACUACGGCUGAUUCUCUCUCCGACGAGAGGCGCUCUUCGUACGCCGAAAAUUUCCGCGGAGGAGGUGAAAGAUGUCCCGAUGCCGAAGAUAGAUAAGAGCGGUCGACUAAGCAGCCCUCGAGCUGCCCGCGAGCUCGCUCUGUAUGCUUUUAUAUUCUCUCCUUGGUUCCUUCCAUGCUCGUUUCUGAAUUCGUAUUCGCUUCGUUGA